AUGACUGUCGAGCGCUCCUUCUGCGCUGUCUUUCUGUUGGCAGUCGCUGUUCUUCUGCGUUGCUAUACUGUCAACGCUUUUGAAGUCGAACCGUCGCAAAACAAGCGCACUUUUCUCCACGCUUGGGAGUUUAAGUACUUGGGCGACCACAGCGCGUAUAGCCCAACAACGAAAGCGCGUCGAACUGGACCAGUCUCAGAUUCAGGUGUUAACCUGGCGGACGGGUUUGAGGAUGAGGAAUUUCUCCGUACCGUUUUGCGAACGCGAAG